CAGUUGGUUACCAGCGGUUGAGAACGAAGGUUUUAAAAUAAAAGAAGUAAAAAAAGGCACACUUAUUGAAAAAAGUUUUAAAAACUAUUAUUUAAUCAAGCAAACGAAGCAUAAGAAUUAAGAAAAGAAUACCACAAACAAGAAUUACCUGAAUACAGAAAGAGUUAUUUCAAUAAUUCCGCAGUCAUGGAACACACGUUGUGACUGAAAUGUUUUCUUAUUGUUAGUGAAAGAUGCUAUCCAUCACUUAUUAUAAACGUAUUGGACUUUUUGUGAGGCCGUAGCUUUUCAAAUUGUAAAUAAAAGAAUAAUUAUAAGAUUACGGAAAAAUGAUAAUGUGGUACCGAUUAUUAGUCAUAUCAAUUAUUAUAAGUGCCAGGCAUUUUUGUCAUGCGUUUUAUUUUCAAGAGGGUGAACCUUGUAGUUUCUUCGAUACAAUGAACAUUACGUCGGGCAAACAAGACCAGAACGGAAAUUUCAACUUUAAUGGAGAAAUAUUUAAAAAAGGAACGUUUGCCACAUACAACUAUACAAUAGAAAACUUUACUGAUCUUGUUGCUGCUGAGCCGCAUAUAAGAGGUUGCGUAUGCAAUUCAAAGCCUUGUAUUCGUUUGUGUUGUAUUGAUGAAGAAGCUGAUGAAAAUUCAACAUGUAUUAGCACCAAUGUAUUAUCUGUUCCAACUCACGAUGAGCCUGAAGAAAUUAAUCUUUCGGGUAAUACAUACGGAGUUUUAGUUGGUCGUCCAUGUCCUGUAAUGUAUAAAUUGAUACCAGAAGAGUAUGAUGAUGAUGUUUGGUAUUUUGUGCAUGGAUCAAUUCAACUGGGGAAUGGAAAGAUAGCUAGUACACAAGAUUAUUGUUUUGCACAAAUGGCACUCAAUGACACUCAAGAGAAAAUCACAGAAGUUUUGUUUUGUUAUCAUUCAGAAACUGAUGUACGUUUGAAGCUUUAUCCCCUUGGGAUGCUUUUUUCGCUACCGUUUCUAUUGGUAACCUUCUGUGUAUAUGGCCUUAUACCAGAAUUAAGAAAUCUUCACGGAAAAUGUUUGAUGUGUUACGUUUUUGCCUUAAUGAUUCUUUACACCAGCUUAUCGAUUGUACAACUGGAAAGUGAAUCGUUUACUCCUGACACAUAUCCUUGUAAAUUAGCUGGCUACUCAGUUUACAUUAGCGUACUACUUUGCUUCUUCUGGCUAAACGUCAUGUGUUUCGAUAUGUGGUCAACUUUUAGAGGUGGCAUGAGAGGUCGUGGAGGUGACAAGAAAAGAUUUUUCGUUUAUUGUCUUUACGCUUUUGGAACAACAUUCCUAUUUACGGCUACCAUAUUCAUAAUAGAUCAUUUGGAAUCUAUUCCACAGAAGUUUAGGCCAUUGAUGGGAAUGACUCGUUGUUUGGUGCAAAAAAAUAUAUGGGCUGAAGGAAUUUAUAUUUAUCUUCCAAUCUCGACUAUUCUCAUUAUUAAUAUUACACUUUAUUCUAUCACUGCUUAUCGAAUUUAUAAAGUUCAACGAGAAACAUCUGCUAUAAGAAAUGGAGAUAGUCAAAAACACUCAAAAAUGGAUGCUGAUAAAGAUAGAUUCCUCCUUUAUCUUCGAUUAUUCAUCGUCAUGGGUGUGACAUGGACGAUGGAAGCGAUUUCCUGGGUCGUUGAUGAUAAAAAAUUCUUUUAUGCAAGUGAUAUUCUCAAUUGUUUGCUUGGCGUUAUCAUUUUCAUAUUGUUUGUGUGGAAGCCUAAAGUCAAAAAAUUAAUCAUACGAAGAUAUCGUUCUUUAAGAAAAUUACCUCCAACUACCUCUCAAAUGCAAAGCUCGGGCUCUAUGAGGACUGAAACAUCGAGAAUCUCAUCGGGAGUUCAUGGUGGUGUCAAAAUGGUAGAAAAACCGAUGCUGGAGGUUUCUUAAAUUUAAAAAUUUCCUGUUUAUUGUGCCAGAAAUAUUCUUAAACGCUUUUGAAAUAAGGUUGAAGAUACAUACAUUUACAUUUAUACAUGUUCCCUGUGUUGAGCUCUUAAAAUCUUAACCAUAUAAUGCUACCUAGCAUACAAGUAGAUAUGUAGCAAUUUAAGUUGUUCCCAUCAGCUAAAUAGAUUUAUAUUAAACAUUUAUACAGUCAAUCCGAAUACCAAACAUUUUUAAACUUAAAUGUAUAGAAUUUAUUUGAAAUAAACUUUUUGCAACUUAAUUAAAUUUAUUUUAUGAAAAGCGUACAAAAAAUAAACAUUAAAAACUGAAACUUGUUAUUUCUCACAAAUUUAUUUGAUGUAAAUUUAAAAACCUUUUCAGAUUUUACAUAAGAAUUCUUUUAAUCUACGAUUAUUUUUAUUCACAAAAAUUUGUCAUUUCCC